AUGCAUUUAUUACCGGCUUAUAGGCAUCUUUCUGAAACACAAGAAAAGAUGAUAUGGGAGCUUGGUACAUUAAACCUUGGGCCAAUGAAAGCCUUCAAUAUUAUGAGGCAAAGAUACGGAGGUUUUGAAAAUGUUGGAGCAACUAAAGAUGACUGCAAGAAUUUUAGAGCUAGGAUACAUAGCUAUAUAGGGGAGUAUGAUGCCGAUAUGGUUAUCAAUAGGCUGACCGAUAAAACGCAGUUUAUGGUUGAUUAUUCAUUUGUACAUUCAGUUGAUGAAAAUAAGCGAUUGUCUGGCUUGUUUUGGGCUGAUGGUUUGUGCAAACGUAACUACGCUGUGUUUGGAGAUGUCAUAUCGUUUGAUGCUACAUUCAAAACCAACAAGUAUAAUAUGGUUUUUGUACCCUUUACUGGUAUCGAUAACCACUGUCGGAAUGUGACGCUUGGAGCCGGGUUGCUAUCAUCCGAAAGCAUUAAAUCAUACAAAUGGUUGUUACAAUCAUUUUUGGACUCAUUUGGUAAGCAGCCUAUGGUGGUUGUCACUGACCAGGACCCGGCGAUGAAACAAGCUAUCGAGGCAGUGUUCGAUAAGAGCAGGCACAGAUUAUGUAUGUGGCACAUAAUGAAAAAAAUUGCCGAUAAGCUUUCUAUCGUCAUGAACCUAUGUCUGGGCUUAUGCGGACUACCUCCAGAUCAGAGAGCGAAAACCACUUUUUCUGUCAGGUGGCAAAUUCUCAACUUACUCUUGUUGAGUUUUUUUAACCAUUUUGAUGGUGCAAUGGACGUUCAAAGAUUCAACCAUCGGAAAAAUGACCAUAUUUCUAGAAACACAACCCCAGAUAACAUAACUGAAGCUACCUUAGAGGAUGAUGCUAUGAAACUUUACACCAGGUCCAUCUUUGCUGAUCAACAGGCAGAGUUAUAUGGAACACUGUCUGAGUGCCUUCCUAUGGAGACCAAAAUCGAGGAACCGUUCUUGAAGAUAAGUAUGAAGGAUUGGAAAGCGCAUGGUGACGGUUUAUUAGAGGUUUGCUUCAAGAAGGGGGAGGAUGUAAUUGCAUCAUGCAGCUGUCGCAGGUUUGAACAAUAUGGAUUGUUGUGCAAACAUAUAUACUUUGUGUUCAAGAUGUUCAAAGUGAAAGAAAUUCCCAAUAAGUAUGUUAUGAGAAGAUGGACCAAAGACGUGGUACCGAAUGAUUUAAAUAACACAUUUGAUUUAAAAGUUGAUGAUAACGAUGGGAAUAAAAAGGCGAAGGAGGUUGCGUAUGAGAUAAUGCAGACCGGAGAGUAUGUUAUUGGUCAUUUGAUGACAGAUUUUGAUAACCUACUUGUAGUCAGGGAUCGGAUGAGGGAGAUGAAAGUAAUGGUUGGUGAACUUCACAUAACCAAGCCUAUCGACCCUAAGUUUGAUAGGUAUUCAAGGUUAAUCGGUUACGAGAAACCGGACACUGAUGCCCCGCCUACAGUCCGUGUGCCAACCGGUAUUAGAAACAAAGGACGCGGUUCACAUAAGCGGAUCAAAUCAAAAAAAGAACAGAUAAUUAGUCUAAAAGGCAAGAGAAGUCGUACAUGUAGUGUUUGUAAUAUCAAAGGUCAUGAUAUCCGAACUUGUAAAGUUUUAAAGGGUAAAGCUAGUGCUACCGACAAGAAGGGGAAGGGAAAGAAAAGAAGAUUAGUUUUGUUAGAUACUGAUCCUGGUUUAUUAGAUGAAGAGGACGAGGCGAGGGAGGCGAAGAGUAUGAUGAUACAGACGAAGCCGAAGAUAGUGAAUCUGAAUGGGAAGAGGCUUGACGAUGAUGACGAGUGA